GUACGGUGGAGCUUGCUAGGGUGCGAAAUGAAACCUAUGAUGAAAUCAAUAAUGAAACAUGCAUGGCGUCGGUUGCCGCGGUGUUGGUUUCGCUUGAAUAUGUUCCUGCGAGCGCCGUUCUAAUGGUACGCUUUGGACUUCACCGCCAAGCUCAGACUUUCUCCUGUGAUAACGAUGCGUGAUACAGGUCCCCUGUUUUAAGAGAGCCUGCCCAUAACAUUGGGCUGUCAACAGAGUUGUCAGCACUGUCAACAUCUCGAAAGACUGAAGCGUAGUAGCUAGCCAUUAGAGAUGGAUGCAGGGACGGCUGUUGAGUUGCCCCAUCUAGGCACACAUGCAAUUUGGCCACUAGGAUGCAAUGUCUGGCUACCAAGCACAUUCGUGAAGGAAGAGGCGUACAACGAGUGCAUUGAUGAGUUUGGGACUGCUGAUGGCCACUUUCUCAUUUUUGGAGUGAAAGCCAAGGAGGAGGAGGAGGGCCACGACCAAGGUGGUUUUCGCAGAAGCACUGACAACUACGAGUCCAUCUUGGGACACACGGAGGAAGAAGCAGUAUACAGGGAAGGAUCGUAUUCCGACGCCGAAAGCGGAUUGCCCGAGAGUCAAGAGAAUCACGGAAGCAUUUUGAUAAAAGUUGAAGGGAAUACCACGGAAUCAGAUGUGGCAAGGUGUUCACCUACAGAACAACUUCAGAGCCCAAUGAUUCAGGUCUCCUUUGGUGGUGACCAUGUGAUGAUGACAUGCGAGAAGGAGGAACCCCUUGAGCACUCAUUUGACAUUGGCAAUCAUUCGCUGCUGUUUCAUCCUUGGGCAGACAAGGAUCAGCAUUCCAGUCAAUUCGGCGACAUCUUGAAGGGCAUCAAAAAAGAACCGAGAGACGAGGAUGAACCUGUAAUUGAAGUUGAAGGUAGCACAGCAGGAAAUAGAGAGAAUGGCAGAAGCUACGCUGUAGUAAAUGUUAACGUCGAAGAAGACAAACAGGUAUCUGACCGGGACCAACUGAUGAUGCAUGUAAAGGAAGAACCUGCUGACAAUCCUCACCCCAGCAGUGAUGACUCCAUCGAUCUGCUGGCCGAUGAAGGUGGCAGCAACAGCGGGACGUUGAUCGAACGUGCAGCCAGCGGUGGCCCUGGUGCAUUUCCUCUGGUGUCCUCGUCACCGGAUGCACAGACGGGGUGUCCAGACUGGGUUUUGCUGAGCUACCAUGAGUUGGCCGAGGCCGUGACCCAGCAAGUGGACGAGUGGCUAGACAAGGACGUGAAAGCGCUGCUUCUGCCUCUGAAAGCGAAGUGCAGUGACCUGAGGGAAGCGCUGAGACAGAACCGCCACCACAUCAUCCAGCUGGGCAAGCAGCUUAGCGAUCUUCUAUCCAAGGAACAGAGGAAGAAGAACCAGGCACAGGGACUCUUAACCCGUGCGAAGGACACUCCGGAAGAAGACGCACACAUCUCGGCGCCCGUCUCCAAGUUGGGGACGCCACACAGUCCAGGCCGCAGAAACAAACAUCGCUGCAGGCACCCCGGCACUUCGCGGAGAAGACAACUCCGGAAGGCUGAGGGAAAGUGUCUGCAGGAGAACCUCACUGCGCAGCAUGCCGGCAACGCAGUGACCACACACCAGCAGAGCCAGCUGGACUCGCACGAAGCCGCGGAGGACAGGUACCAGCACGAUUGUCUCGAAGUCCGCAGAGUGGCAGUUGCCGAGCAUCGGCAAAGCCGCACUAAAGUGCACAGACCAGCAGUGACCAGGCCCCGAAGAAAACAGACGUUUGAAGUGUUGCAGCCUCGUUGCGGACAGGAUAGUCUGGAGAACUGGAUUCCGUGCGAGGUCGAGCUCCAGCCUGGUAUUCCCUACAAUCCCGACAGCUUCUGGGAUGCCCCUUACUCCAUAUGGAUGGACUGAAGGAUGGGCCACCACUCGGCAUGCGCCAUUCGAGCUUUCCGGAGCAGCGUGGAAGCAGAGUUUGCGUCCAUCUUCUCUCCGUGCCUCUUGGGACAACUGGCUGCGAGUGUUAGGCCCAAUUCUCACAGCUGUGCGGGUCUGCCUUGUCACCGUCGCAGCUCCAGUUUUCGGCAGUGGAAAGCACUUCCUUCGUCGGUUUUUCGGAAGAAAAAAAAAGGGAUGCCAGCAACAUUUAGAGUGUUGGCAUACAUCCCAUUUUUUAAAAAGAAAACGAAGGAUGAACGCUUUCCCCUGACGGAUAGCAGUGUGUUCAGUGUUAUUCAGUGUACCGCAGAGCCAACGGCCUUGGUGUAUGUUCCAGCAAGUGUGAAAAAGCCAGCUGUCCGUUCUGCCAAUUGCUACGGGUGCAUGGCUGUGGUCAUCGAGUGAAAAUGUAUCGACAGUGUCGGAAGUUUAGUCCACAUGUACAGAAGGUUGUGUCACAAAGGAUUACUCAUUUAACAGACCACAGGACAGUCUGGCCCGAGACAUUUAUGAACGACUUUUCCACGUCACCAUUACGUUUUGCACAUCAACUCACUAGACCGGCAAGGAUAACCUUGACUGUGAUGUCAUGGGUGAAGCAACCGCCGACUAUGAUCUCAAAGGGAAAAAGCUUGGAAACGAGUGCAGCGAUGUGGAUUUUGUGUAAUUGCGACAUUCUGUUCCAGGCGCAAGUGACGGUUUCAACUGUAGCCUUCGUCAUAUCUAUUGUGUCCGUCAAACCAUGUCUGAAUACAGGUAGUUCCUUGAGUUCUACACUGGCACCAUAUCUUUAGUCCGGCUGCUGUAGCAAUGCAAUGGCUCUGACCGCAAAGUGGAUGCAAAUAUUUUGUUUCUGGCAUUGCCUGCGUCUUCGUAAAGCUAGACUCAAAAAAGGAUGAGAAUUUGAUAUGCUUUUGUUGCUAAAUACAACUAUCCAUUCUUGGGAAGCCCAGCAAUAAGGCUCGCUGUAGCUGCUUGAAAAAGAAAAAUUUACACAUUUGCUCAGCAACCAGUCUGUACCUUUUGGUUCUCGCCAACCCGCAGUGGAAAACGUUUGUAGCAGAUGCUACGCAUUUAGCGACUACUUUGCACAUGCAUUUGUGGCAAAUGUUUCACAGGCAUUUGCUGUAAAGAGCUACCAGUGAACUAGUACAGACUGCUUCAUAUUGCCCUACGUAUAGCAGACGUGCCAUGUUUGUCUAUUCGAAAACCUGUAAAUUGUAAGGACACUAUGACUUGGACAAUGAGUACCAGUGCUCAUUGCAAAUGCUUGACCCUGGUGAUGAACCCAACACAUGACUACAAACUUACCAGGCAGGCACAGUCAGUGCAAUGGACAUCCUUUCAACAUGCUGCCUCUGAUGAUUUAUGAAACUCUGUGGUUGCAUGUGCUGCUUUUGGCAAUACUGGUGCAUGGGACGCUUUUGCACAAAGGAGCCAAUCGCUAUUGUGAAAUUCAGUCCCAAUUACAAGUGCCGCAUGCGACAGGUACAAGAUUUCAGUGCGCCUGACACAGCAGUGUCGGAGAGAGGUCUUGCCAGGCCCUUCAUUGCAAUAUUGGUUGUCCAUGCUUUGGGACAGUGGAGUCCAUUUCAAUUGAACAAAAGUGGUUCACUUUUUUUCUUUUUUCCGUGUUCUAUUGGCUGUUUAGAAACAUGAAUGCUGACAGUACAGUAUCAUUUACUACGGUGCAGACACUACAAGCAUGCAUGAAUAAACGUUUUUGUAGUUCUCAUA